AUGCGCGGCGGAUGUGCCGAGAACCAGGCCGACAGGGAUUUUUGCGUACGCGGAAAGCCGUGCAUUGACAAGAUCCGAGAGGCCAUCGAAGGACACUUUUUCUACUCUGCCAUCGAGAACAGCGAUUGCUACGGCUACAUCACCGAAAAGACCUACGAUCGCAUCGAGUUCAAUUCGAUUCCGAUCGUGAUGCGGCGGGAUAUUUAUGAGAAAAACCCAUCCAUGCCGCCGUCGUCCCAGAUUUUUGUCGACGACUUCGAGAGUUCCGAGGAGAUGGCCGUGUUUUUGCGCUCGCUACAAUCCAACAAAACCGCCUACAUGUCCUACUUCAAAUACCGCGAGCGGUACGGCGUCGACGAAAAAUUCAACGUUUACUGGGAUGCCCUGUGCGCGCAGCUGAACGAUCCGAAUUCGACGCUGCGCAACUCCAAGAAAACGAUCCCUGGCGACGUCUCCGAGACGUAUAUGAAAUGUCUCACGCCGCACUCUUUCGAGAAAGGCAACUACACACCCGAAAAUUUUGCCAACGCGCCGCACCACUUUGUGGUUGCCGUUGCGAAUGCGAAGCCCGAAGAUUUGAUAAAAUAUAAAGCAUCCUACCCCUACCGCGAGAUCCUCUCCUAUCGGUUGAAGCCGGGCCGUGACUUUUUCGAGGUCUUCAUCAACGAGACCGCCCAUUUGAUGCCAAUCUCCGCCUACAAAAAAGAAGGAGACGUCUUCUACCCGGUCGACGCGACGUUCCACAAUCGGCUGUGGCGCAACUCGAAGAAGUUGGAGUGUUUGAUGGGGCACCCGGAUAUGAAAGGCGUCGAGCCGAAGCUGCUGCCAAAGGAUCUCGAGUGGCUGGCCGCCUUCCGUGACCUGUGCUUCGAGAAAGCCGUCAUCCCGUUCCUCGCCAAGCGCACGCUUCUGGGCUGGCGUCGCCAGUGCGCCCUGCUCCCCGCCGCCGGCGGCUUCGAUUUGAACGUCUUCGACGAGGAAUUCCCGGAUGCCCUAAUUGCCGAUGAGGCCAAGCUGGCCACGAGGCGCUUGCGGGUUGAGCACACGUUUGGAAAACGGAGAUCCGGCACCUACGAGGUGCACCUGACCUCGAUGGAGCCAGCGGCGCGCCCCUUCGAGAUCCUUCUCAACCCCAUGUACAACGGAAAUGACGGCUACAACUUUGAGACGAUGAUCACCGGGGAGGGCGACGACGCCGUGCUGUGGGACCUCGAAUAUCCAUGGUUCGUGAAAAAUUUCUGCACGGCCGCGCUACAUGGCCACAUCUUCCAUGUGCCCUGCGACCCGUACCAGUUGAUUCUGGCAAAUUACGGGCCGAACUGGGACGAUAUCGAUGACUAUAAGUUGAAGAACGCGCGGAAACUGGGUCCGCUGAAUGACCGCAAAUGGCAGCGACCGAAUGUU